CCUUUGAAGGUCAGGAAGGUUUUUUACACAUUUCCCACGUCAGCCAAAAACUCUGUUGUGGCUAUAAGCCUGAGCGAUUCUUUCGCUAAAUUCUGCAAUUCUCCAAACAUGGGGCUUCUAUACUGUGUAUUUUUAUCAUGUUUCGUUUCGCUUGCAAGAGGUCUUUAUGGUCCGCAAACUGAUGUGGUUCAACUGACAGCAAAUAAUUUUAGAUCGAUGGUUAUGGACAGUGAUAGUGUAUGGCUUGUAGAAUUCUUUGCUCCUUGGUGUGGCCAUUGUAAAGCAUUAGCUCCAGAAUGGAUUAAAGCAGCAUCAGCACUGAAGGGAGUUGUCAAAGUUGGAGCUGUAGAUAUGGAUGAUCAACAAAAUCAACAAAUUGGAGGACAAUAUGGUAUCCGGGGAUUUCCAACAAUAAAGGUGUUUGGUGCCAACAAGAACUCUCCAACUGAUUAUAAUGGUGCCAGAACAGCUCAGAGUAUCAUUGAUUCUGGUCUCAGUGCUGCUAAAUCCAUGGUGAAUCAGCGACUUUCUGGAGGAGGGAGAUCUGGUUCUGGUAGAGGAGGAGGAGGAGGUGGAGGUGGAGGUGGAGGAAAACAGGGUAGCAAGGAGGAUGUAGUUGAACUAACUGAUGCCAACUUCGAGAGAGAAGUUCUCAACAGCAAAGACCUUGUUUUGGUUGAGUUCUUUGCACCUUGGUGUGGUCACUGUCAAAGGCUUGCUCCUGAAUGGGCAAAGGCAGCAUCAGAGCUGAAAGGCAAAGUAAAAGUGUGUGCUCUUGAUGCUACAGUUCAUACUACCACUGCUGGGAGGUACCAAAUUCAAGGUUAUCCAAGUAUCAAGGUCUUUGCAGCAGGUGUCAAAGAUUCCCACAGUGUGGAAAACUAUGAAGGAGGAAGAACAGCUUCAGACAUUGUACAGUUUGCACUGGAUAGGCUUGCUGAAUCCAUUGAGCCACCUGAGGUGCUUGAGAUUGUCAACAGUGAGGUUCUGAAAACUAACUGUGAGGAGAAGCCUAUCUGUGUUAUUUCUGUUCUGCCACACAUUUUGGAUUCUGGAGCCUCUGGAAGGAACAAGUAUCUGGACAUAUUAAAGUCGAUGGGUGAGAAGUACAAGAAGAAGCUGUGGGGUUGGAUCUGGACGGAGGCUGGGGCACAGGCAAAGCUUGAGGAUGCUGUUGGCUUGGGUGGCUUCGGGUACCCAGCAAUGGUAGCAGUUAAUGCUCGUAAAAUGAAAUAUGCUGUACUGAAAGGUCCUUUUGAUAACACAGGUAUUGAUGAGUUUCUUAGGGCUGUUUCAGUUGGUCGUGGUGCAACAGCACCCAUCAAGAGUGCAGGGCUUCCUACUGCAGAGGAAAUACAACCUUGGGAUGGCAAAGAUGGAGAACUACCAAUAGAAGAAGACAUUGAUUUAUCUGAUAUAGAUCUUGAUGAGGAAGAAGGAGUGAAAAAGGACGAGCUGUAAAUGUGUGGAUGCGUAAUACAGAACUGAUAUUUGUUGGAAAUCUCUGUGUAGUGCAGUUUCGGCAUCAGUUGUAACAUGCACAACUUGAGUCCAAGAAGAGAGCCUAGAUUUCCUAACAGUACAAAAGUUAUCCUGUAGCUUUUUAUCACAAGUGGUUUUUCACAUCAAUAUUAGGAAGUUGUUCACUAAUAAAUUAAUGUUUGGUCAGCUUUGCAUAA